AAAAACCAGACCAAGUCAAGGAAAAGAAAGCUGCAUAUGCCUUUCAGUUAACAGAAUACAGGUCUGAAGGAGGUCUGAGCAGGACCAAGCUCACAAAAUGGGCAGAAGAAAUGACCAUCCAUAUGGCAACUAUUUCAGAGGGAGAGGACACGCCUAUUUUGCAGCAGAAGAAGCUCUGGGCAUUGGACUUUUCAUUUUGGUGCUGGCAACUUUGCUUGCCUUUGGCUGCUGGUAUUACAAAAGACGGAGUGGCUAUAAAAGUCUGCGGAGCAAAAGCUCUAGUGUGAGCACAGCACGAACCGUGGUAGGUGAGGGAGCAAUACUGGACUGCAAAAUGGCUCUGCAGGACUACAGAAACUUUAAUUCUGUGGUACCUGAUGCUCCACCAGCUUAUGACAAAAUUGCUGCAGAUCAGUCACCACCACCUUAUUCACCAUGAUAACAUGAAAUUUUAAACUCUUCAUGCUCCCUCUUAAUUUCCCGUACAUGCUUAACUUUCUUAUAGCUAAAAUCAUAAAAAAAGGAAAUCACAUGCUUUCAUUAGCAGUUGCUGAAACCGCUUAGUUACAGACCUGGU